ACCCGCUCUCAUCUGCGAAUGGUAUAAAUAGUAACAGACCAGGCCCAAACAGACAGAAGCCAUUCAAACGCUUGUGGAGUAAGAGCCGAAAUAUCACCGAAAUGAAAUUCUUGGUCGUUGCCGUUGCCUUCCUGGCCUGCGCCAGUGCCGAUGUGUCCCACUUGGGCUCGGGCUAUAACUAUCAGGCGCCCGCUCCGGUCUACCAGCCAGCUCCGGCACCCAUCACCUACGAAGCACCCGCUCCAGUUUACCAGCCAGCUCCAGCGCCCGCUCCGGUCUACCAGCCAGCUCCAGCGCCCGCUCCGGUCUACCAGCCCGCUCCAGCUCCAGCUCCAGUCUACCAGCCAGCUCCAGCUCCAGCUCCGGUCUACCAGCCAGCUCCAGCACCCAUCCAAAUCGAGACACCUGCACCCGCUCCAGUCAACAACUACAUUCCACCCGCACCAGUCUCGAUCCCAGCUCCUGCUCCAGUCUACCAGCCAGCACCAGCUCCGGUCUACCAGCCAGCUCCAGCACCAGCUCCAGUCUACCAGCCAGCUCCAGCUCCAGUCUACCAGCCAGCUCCCGCACCCAUCCAAAUCGAGACACCUGCACCCGCUCCAGUUAACAACUACAUUCCACCCGCACCAGUCUCGAUCCCAGCUCCUGCUCCAGUCUACCAGCCUGCCCCUGCUCCAGCACCAAUCCAAAUUCAGGCUCCCAUCGAGUACUCGGCUCCCGCUCCAGCUCCAGCUCCAGUCUUGACGUCGCAGCAGGCUCUCGAGCAGAUCGAGCAGCCCUCCAUUGAUGGCUACCGUUACAAGACUGUGCGUCGUGUCGUCUACCGUCGCAACCGCCUGAAACUUCUUGUUGUCGCCUGCGCCCUGUUGGCCGUUGCCCACGCUGAUGUGUCGCAGCUGUCGGGCUAUAACUACGCCCCGGUGGCACCAGCCCCAGCUCCUGUGGCGCCAGCUCCUUUGCCCGCCAGGAUUGCGCCUGCUCCGUUGCCCGUGAAGUCCUACAUUCCUCCUGCAGCACCAGCACCCGUCAACCUGCCCGCCCCAGCUCCAAUCAACUUGUCGCCAGCCCCAGCCCCAGCUCCAGCUCCAGCUCCCAUCAGCGUUGCUCCGGUCCCAACCAACCAGUACAUCCCUCCCGCAGCUCCCGCUCCCAUCCAAGCUGAUGCCCCAGCACCAGUUGCUCCAAUCUCUCUGCCAGCCCCUGCUCCGGUCAACCAGUACAUCCCUCCUGCCGCUCCCGCUCAAGCUCCCAUCCGCGUCUCCGCGCCCGCAUCAGCGGUGGCUCCCCAGCCCUCUCUGGAGGAGAUCGAGCCCAUCUCUCCCGAGGGAUACCGCUACAAGACCGUGCGCCGCACCAUCCGUCGCCGCUUCUAAGCAGUGAUCGAAAGUCCUAAGUCUAGGGCGAUGGCAAGAAGUUGAUUCAAUAAAAAAAAAAUAUUAAGUUUGUA